CAAGGACUAAAUGAAGAGGUGAGUCUUCGAGUCAGCAAAAUAUUUCAUUUCUGUAUAUCAGCACCUACGGUAGGAGGCAUAGUGUGAAUACAAUGGAUCUCAUGUAUGACUUGUAAACAGAAUCGAGAACACCAUGGGAAUACUAAAACAAAUCACAUUAUAUAUUGCCCUCUGUAGCUUAAUUUCCUCUUCUAGUGCAUUUUCCUUGAAGAACUGCACAAUCAGUACUCCUCUAAAAGACACCCAGCCAAAAGUACUUUGCUACAAAAUGGGCUUUUUCAGCUUUCCAUGGAUUCCUACAAAUACACGGAUUUUAGAUAUUUCCUUCAAUGCUUUUACACAGAUCCAGAUUGGGGAUUUUAGUAAUUUGUCAAACUUACAGGACGUGAACAUAUCUCACAAUAAGAUCUCAUGGAUUCAAGAGGGUGCAUUUGACAGUCUUUCCAAUUUAACCCAUCUCAAUCUGGCCAGCAACAGACUAAAAGGAAUCUCAGGAGGUAUGCUACAUGGCCUGACCAACCUACUGGUGCUAGGUCUAGAUAACAAUUAUAUACAAGACAUUGAAGAGUCAGCUUUCAGCACGCUUCAGAAUUUAAAGGUGUUAAACCUAACGAAAAACCACCUCUGUUAUAUAGAGAAAAUCAAGCCUGUUUUUGCAUCACCAUAUUUGGAAGAACUGUACAUUGGAAGCAACCAUUUUGAUGCGUUCAACUCAUAUGAAAUGUCAACAAAACCCUUGUCGUUAAAAAGACUUGAUUUUUCCAACAAUCCUUUGGCAACAUUUCAUCUUACUGAAAAUAUAUUUCCAUCUCUCAGUCACCUUGAUUUAUCUUAUUGUGGUCAAAAUGGAACCAUGAUAUGGAACGUUACAGAAAAGACAUUCUUCGCCUCUGUGAAAACAUUAUACUUCAUGGAUGUUCAUAUGUCAGCCCAGAAUGCUGCUAAUGUGCUUCAGAGCUUCAAGAAUUUGUCGAAUAAAAUUAGGCUUAAUGGAAACGUUAAGCUGAACACGACUAACCUCCUGCUGAACGCAUGUUCUCCAGUGCUAAAAGUCGUGCGGCUGAAUGCUAACAAAAUAAAACACCUCACCAACCACAUGUUUGAUCCCUGUUCUGACCUGGCGGAAGUAGAUUUAGGAGAUAACGAAAUAUCCGAGUUAUCACCGAGUAUGUUCAGAGGAUUUACACAACUAAAAACGCUGCGUUUGCAAAUCAACAAACUGACUCGAAUAACAAACUCCUUUCAAAUGCUCUUCACUCUCGAGUUCAUCGAUCUCAGCAGAAACAGCAUCAAGACGCUCACCUGUAAAGACUUUGCCAAUUUAACACAGGUGAAAUCUCUGUACUUGUACAGUAACAAAAUCUCAGUUAUUGAUUCCUGUUUGUUCAAGGACCUGAAGAGUCUUGAAGUCCUCAAGCUUGGAACAAACCAUCUGUUAAGGAUCGGUGAUGCUUUUAGCAAUGGGCCACAUUCCCUGCUGGAUCUGCAACUUUCUUUUAAUAAGCUAAGCAAAAUCGAAAAGUACGCUUUUAGAAAUGUGUCACAGCUGAACAAUUUGUCCUUACAAGACAAUCAGAUUUCUGAGAUCGAAGGCCAUGCAUUUGAAGGACUGAAUAACCUGACGUCUCUUUUGCUGUCAUCAAAUAAAAUAUCAGCUAAAACGUUAACCAGUCACCAGAAUGUGUUCUCAGGCAUGCCCAACCUCAAAAAUCUAGAAUUGCAAGCCAACAGCAUCUCAUUUAUGGAUGAUCAAUUGAAACACCCUCCUUUUACAGACCUGAAGCAACUCAGAGUGUUGUCCUUACACAGUCAACGUCGUGGAAUUGGCAAAAUACCCUCUAAUCUGCUUCAAGGUUUAUCCUCCUUGGAAAUGUUUUAUGCUGGAAACACCAAUCUUGGUCAUCUGAAUCCUGAUACAUUCAAGUUCAACCCACAGCUCUGGUUUUUGGAACUCUCCAAGAAUGCGCUGUCUGAAGACAACUCGAUCCCGGCUGAGUUGUUCCACCCCAUUUCGGGUCUAACCAAACUCAUUCUUUCAAGAACGCAGCUUCGCUCGUUGAACUUCCUGUUGAACGCCAGUCUCUCCAGACUUUCAACUUUAAGAGCUCGGGGCAAUGAGAUUGACUCAAUCAACAAAACUCUGAUUCAGUCCCUGCCUCGACUAGAGGUCCUCGACUUGGAGAAGAACACAUUCACCUGUGACUGCAACAAUGCAUUCUUCAUUGACUGGGCCAAGAAUAUUAAUUCCACUCAGGUGAUUUAUUUGAACAAGUACAUGUGUAGCUAUCCUCCUUCCUUACGAGGCAUGAGCUUGUCUGAUUUCAACACAGAAUCCUGCACCUUAAAGAUUGACUUCAUCUGCUUUCUUUGCAGCAGUAUUGUGGUCACUCUCACCCUCCUCUCGUCAUUUGUCUGGCAUUUUCUGCGCUUUCAGGUGGUUUAUGCAUAUUACCUUUUCUUAGCCUUCCUUUACGACAACAAGAAGAAGCACAACGGUUCGUCGUUCCAGUAUGACGCCUUCAUUUCCUACAACACUGAGGAUGAGUCUUGGGUAAUGGAGGAACUUAUUCCCAAAUUAGAAGGAGAACAGGGCUGGAGAUUGUGCCUGCACCACAGAGACUUUGAACCAGGAAGGCCAAUAAUAGACAACAUCAUUGAUGGCAUAUACAGUAGCCGCAAGACCAUCUGCUUGAUCACUAGGAACUACCUGAAGAGCAACUGGUGUUCAAGUGAGGUCCAGGUGGCGAGCUUCAGACUCUUUGAUGAGCAGAAGGAUGUCCUGAUUCUGGUGUUCCUGGAGGAUAUCCCUACACAUCAGCUCUCUCCGUGCCACAGGAUGAGGAAGUUGGUGAAGAAACGAACCUACCUCCGUGGGCCCAAACCAGGGGAAGAUACUAAGAUCUUCUGGCAAAAGCUAAAAAUGGCUUUGGAAACCAAAGAGGGUCAUAAUUCAGAUAGGGGAAUUCUGUGA